AUGAUCUGCGUCCCCUUGCAGUCCCCCCUCAUUCGCAGCAGGCCAUGCCUUCGUCGUUCCCGCACACCGAUCUCCGUUGGCUCCCUGCGCCGCAGCGGCCGGCUUGCAGCAAAGCCGCGGGCGGCGAACGCCACCAGGCAAGCACAGAUUGUGCUACUUAAGAAGCUCGGGGUGCAUGUGGAUACCAGCGCACCAGACCUGGAGAUCGAGCGGAAGUUCAAGGCCACGUUCCGUGGGGGCAACAUGUCGGCCAACAAGCAGCAGGCACUGCAGAUCUUUUUUAACAGCGACUUCGACCCGAUGGCCAUGGGCCUUGACAUGGCUGAGUUGGACACUGUUGAGACGUAG